AUGUGCUUCCAGUCAAAGAAGGCAAAUAAAAAAAUGGAAAAGGAACUUGGGAGAAGCGCAGAUGAUCCACCACCGAAGCCUGCACGUUCACCCCCACGAUCAGGUGAUCAACGAAAAGAUUCAAGAGCCAGAAACAGCACCAACAACUUGCGGAUACAGCCUUUCAAAACGCCACCGCCACUUGUGUCAGAUCCGAAUUUCGCAAGGCAAUCAGAAAUCAAACGGAAGAAGCAUGGCAAGAAAGACGGAGAAGAUUCAGAUAAUACGCUCACAGAU